UGUUUUUAACAGGCAUUUGAGUUGCUUUACUAUUUAUUGACUACAAUUUCCGUAACUGAUUAUUGUGCUGAUUUCCAGAGUUUAAAACCAUGAUAAGCCUUUCCUUAAACAUCCAGACAUUAGUUGUUAGCGUUUGUGUUGGUCUUCUGGUAUAUUACGUCAUUAAACGUAUUCGAUAUCGUCUGCCACCAGGGCCUUGGUGCAUACCAAUCAUCGGCAACUAUCAAAUUUAUAGUGCGCCUGGUCUACACAGGAAAGUCGCCGAGCUUUCUAAAACAUAUGGACCUGUUGUGCGACUCUCUGCAGGCCCAUCAGCAUGGGUUUUUCUUAAUAAUAAUGAGGUUGUCUUGGAGGCGCUGGUUAAAAGAAAUACAGAUUUUGCAGGACGAACACCAUUUCCAUCAGGAGAAAUGUUUACUGAUGGAGGAAAAGACAUAGCAUUGAGUACAUUUACACCUACGUGGAGAUUCCACAGAAAAGUGGCAGGAAAAGCACUUCGGCACUAUUUACAAGGAGAUCUUCUAGAAAACAUGAUACAAGACAACAUGACCAAGUUCUUGGAUAAAAUGGCCAAGGAAAGAGGACCGUUUGAGUUCAAUAAUUAUGCUAACCUUAUCGUUUUCAGUCAACUAUACACAAUUUGCUUCGGAGAGAAGAAAUCACCUGAUGACCCGGAGGUGAAGUCACUAUUGAAGCUUGACGAGGAAUUGGUCGAGACAUGGGGAGUAGGAGUCUUCAUGUUGUUUGAAGAUGUUUUUCCGUAUCUCAAAGACAUAUUCCCGUCGAAAACGUGGAGAAAACUUACAAAGAUAACAGAGGAUCUGUUUAAAGUGAUCCGCGCUAAAUUUUAUGAACACAAAGCAACAUUUCAAUCAGGCGUUAACAGAGACUUUACUGACAGUUUACUUACGGCCAGACAAGAAGCUGAAAACGAGGGGGACGAGGAAACUCUGGAGAAACUUGACGAUACAUAUUUAAUUCAAACCAUUAUGGAUAUCUUCUUGGCUGGAACAGAAACCACUAGAUUUACUCUGGACUGGUUCAUAAAUUUUAUGUCUGGAAUUCCAGAAUUCCAGAGUAAAUGUCAGGAGGAAAUAGACCGAGUUGUAGGCUCAGACCGCAUAUCAAUGAAGCAUCGAAACGCCUUGGAUUUUACCGAGGCCUGCUUGUUUGAAACAUGGCGAAGGGCAUCUUUAGUUGCUUUGGGUAUACCACACGCCACAAUGUGUGAUACAAAAGUUGGAGGUUACGACAUCCCGAAAGGCACAGCGGUCUUUAUCAACAUUUGGGCGCUUCACAAUGAUCCUAAAUAUUGGAAGGAUCCCGAGAAGUUUGACCCUUAUCGUUUCCUGGAUCAAAAUGGUAAAUUGAAAGCGACAAAACCUGAGAGUUGGCUCCCUUUUUCGGCAGGUCGUCGAGUGUGUUUGGGAGAGACUCUCGCUAAACCGGAUAUUCUACUAAUGUGUGCAAAUCUGCUACAGAGAUUUGAGAUCCGCCUCCCCCCGGGUGUCAAACCGCAGCUUGGUGGCAGAGUUCUCUCUGAUGGCAUUGACAUACCGGUGGAUUACAAGAUUGUCGUCAAGGAACGUCAAAAAGAAAUAAAGAUUUAGAAAAAUAUUUUAUUGUUAUUAUGGAACUCACGUAUGUGUUUUGAUUUUUAUGUUGUACAGAUUGUGCAUAAAAAGUUUCGCUUGAUAUGAAAUAUGAAAAUUUUACCAGUAUUUUUUUUUUGGUCAUAUAGAGUGACUCAAGUUAUCAUGGGUUAUUUUUAUUAUUUCAAUAGAAUAGAUCAACAACACAGUAUUAGCAGUCUUUAUCAUGGCUUUACUUUAUUAAUACAUGUUGAAAUCAAAUUUGACAAACACUAUAUAAUUAA